ACACAUAAUAUAAAGUCGUGAAAAUGAGGCCACGCAGAGACACUGAUAAAAAUAACAGCAGAUUCACUUUAAAUCUCAACCAAUCAUCCGAUUCCGACGACGUCGAAUCGCCGCGGCGGCGAAGAAUCGCGUUUACGAAUAAAUUAUUCAUUUUAAUGGCAGGACAAUCGAGAAAAUGGAUGAUCCUUGUGGUUACGAUUUGGAUUCAAGCAUUCACGGGAACGAAUUUCGAUUUCUCGCAAUAUUCGUCGUCGUUGAAAUCGGCGCUCGGAAUCUCGCAGGCUCAGCUUAACUAUUUAGCGACGGCGAAUGAUAUGGGGAAGGUUUUCGGUUGGUCUUCUGGUUUGGCUCUUAUGCACCUUCCUGUUUCUGUUGUUAUGUUCGUUGCGGCUUUCAUGGGGUUUCUUGGUUACGGUCUUCAAUGGCUUCUUAUUAACCAUUUCAUCUCUUUUUCUUAUUUUCUGGUGUUUCUUUUGUGUCUUUUAAGUGGCUGUAGCAUCUGCUGGUUCAACACAGUAUGUUUUGUUCUCUGCAUUAGAAAUUUUCCAGUUAACCGAACACUUGCGUUGUCACUCACUGUGAGUUUCAAUGGUGUUAGUGCAGCCCUUUACACCCUUGCUGCCAAUUCAAUAGACCCUUCAUCCAAUGCACUUUAUCUUCUUUUGAAUGCUCUUGUUCCCCUUUUUGUUUGCAUUGCAGCAUUAAUUCCAAUCCUUCGCCAACCGCCUUUAGAUCCUCUACCUCCUGAUGCAGUUAACCGGGACUCACUCAUAUUUCUAAUCUUGAACUUCUUAGCCAUUUUCACUGGCCUUUAUCUCCUCUUGUUCGGCUCAUUUGCUUCUUCUGUGGCUUCCGCUCGGCUCCACUUUGCUGGAACUAUUCUCCUCCUCAUCCUCCCAUUGUUCAUUCCUGGCAUUGUAUAUGCUCGGGCUUGGGCUCGGCGUACCAUCCAUUCCAGCUUUCGGGUAGAAGGAUCCAGCUUCAUUCUUAUUCAUGACGAUGAUCUUGAGCUGCAUAAAGAACUACUUAGCCGUCACAGUAGUGUUGUCGGCAAUGGAGAUGCUUACAGUUACAAUAGUGUUGUGGGCAACGGAGAUGCUUACAGCCUGCUAAGCGACAAUGGAUCCAUGUUUUCAAGCCAGAAGGCAGGCAAUAGCGACAAUUGUUGUGAGAGGAUGAUUGGCCAGGAUCAGUUGACAAUGCUAGGAGAAGAUCACACAGCUGCCGUGAUUGUCCGCAGGUCGGACUUUUGGCUAUACUACAUUACAUACUUCUGUGGAGGUACAAUUGGUCUUGUCUAUAACAAUAAUCUGGGACAGAUUGCUCAAUCUCUGGGCCUGAGUUCAAGUACUUCUACCCUUGUUACUCUCUACGCAUCCUUUUCGUUUUUCGGCCGCUUGCUUUCAGCUGGACCAGAUUAUAUUCGCAGCAAGUUCUACUUUGCAAGAACUGGUUGGCUCUCCAUUGCACUUAUACCAACACCAAUGGCUUUCUUCUUGCUCGCCGCAUCCGACAGUUCUCUGGCACUACAUACAGGCACGGCCCUUAUUGGGUUGAGUUCUGGUUUCAUAUUUGCAGCUGCUGUUUCAGUUACAUCUGAACUGUUUGGACCCAACAGCGUGGGUGUCAAUCACAACAUUCUCAUAACAAAUAUCCCAAUUGGUUCGCUUCUCUACGGUUUUCUCGCUGCACUUGUUUAUGAUGCCAAUGCAAACUCAACACCAGGAAACUUGACAACCUCUGACUCAGUAGUUUGCAUGGGAAGGCAAUGCUAUUUCUGGACAUUUGUCUGGUGGGGAUGCAUAUCUGUCUUGGGACUAGGCUCUAGUUUCCUAUUAUUCUUAAGAACCAAACAUGCAUAUGAUCAUUUUGAGAAACACCGUAUUUCAACACAAGUUAUCGUGUCUUAACUUUGUUGAUGAUGAGACACAAUGAUUGUAAUGUGGCAGAAUUUGUUUGGAUAGUAGCAGAAGCUUUGCUUGUACAGAGGGGUAGAUAUGCAUUUGGAGGUGGAGAUAUCAGAAAGCUAGAGCGAUUUAUUAGGUAUAUAUUGUAGCGUUGUAUCGUAGAGGAGAGUUAGCAAUUCAGAAGCGAAGAGGAUAAGGUUUUUGCUUGACUCUUUCACAGUGCAUAGAAUAAAUGAAAAAAUAAAAUAAAGAUAAAUGGUUCGAGACGUUGAGGAAAUAUGUGCCAAUAAUACAGAUUACAGAAUGAAAUGGGGUCCUUCCGGAAGUUCUGCAGCCAUGAUUUGGUUCAAAUUAAGCAAAUUACUUCUGUGCUAUGGACAGAGUCUUAUGCUUUGGCCUUGUUUGAAGCAUGCUGAAUCCAAAGAUGCUGCUAUCUUAUGAUUUUGUAUACCUUUCAAAAAGAUAUUAUCUCCAGUCCUAAAUAUAAGAGAUGUUUGAAUCAACAAAAGUUAUGUAUUUGCUCCAAAUUUAGACCAAAUACAUCUUUUGUUGACCCAAUUUUCUCUUACAUUUAAAGAACAUAGGUAGUAUUUUUCAAUAAAACCAAACAUGAAAUUUUAAAGAUCUCUAAAAAAUAUGAGGCUCAAGUACCUGAUUUUUCCCUAUGUUUUCUUUUUCUUCUGAUUCUUCAAUGUAAAAGAAAUAUCAGACUUCAAUAGCUCAAUUAGUACAUCCCCCCUACCCCUACCCCCAAAAAAUAGUGAAAACAGAAUAUACAAGCUUCAUUUGACAUUA